AGCACAGCCCGCAGUGAUGACUCUCCUGAACCGGUCUAAAGCAUCUCUGCACCCCUCAGGUUUUACUCUGUGUUGUAGUAUUUUAGCCUUUAAACCUUGAUGGCAAUGUCUGUCUUUAAAGACGGCAAUGUCUGUCUUUAAAGACUUGGUUUGUAGCGUCUAAAAACACUCGGCUCUUGAUGAAGUAGAAGCGAUAUAAGAAUGUUUUCUUCUUUCUGAAAAACAUGGAGAACUCAGAGUCCGGUCCAUCAUCUGUGCCGGACAGAGGCAUGGAACGACCCUCAGCAUCCCACAAUCAGCCCUCCAAGCACCGAGAGCACCCGUCCAAGUCACCAAGGAGACGGCGUAAGGGGACGAGGUCGCAACGACGGGGGGGUGGUCAUGAACAGCUGCUGUGGGAGAGCGAGCGACUGAGGUUGCCGGGCCAACUCGAGCACCUGGAGCCCUCUGGUUCGGCGAGCGACACAGCGGAAAGCUCUCCUAAGAGGAGAGCCCACUUUCUACAUGGACCGUACCCAGCCACUCAUUUCGGACCCAAAGCCUGUAUUCUUCCCAACCCAACUUCAGUCAUGCACAUCCAGGACCCGGCCAGCCAGCGGCUCACCUGGAACAAACCUCCUGUCAACGUUCUUGUCAUCAGGAAAAUCAGAGAUGAGAGCCUCGUCGAGCCUUUCAAAGAGCUCUGCAGGUUUCUAGUUGAGGAGAAACAGAUGAUGGUGUACGUGGAGCGCAGAGUAGCAGACGACGCUACGCUGUCAAAGGACGAGGCGUUCGGCUCCAUCCGCAAUCAGCUCUGCACCUUCAGAGAGGGUUACGAUGAUAUCUCUGACUGCAUCGACCUGAUCAUCUGUCUGGGUGGAGACGGGACUCUGCUCUACGCCUCCUCUCUCUUCCAGGGCAGCGUGCCUCCGGUCAUGGCCUUUCACCUCGGCUCUCUGGGUUUCCUGACGCCCUUCAAAUUCGAGUCAUACAAAACUGAAGUGGCCAAAGUGUUUGAAGGCAAUGCAGCCAUCACUCUGCGCAGCCGCCUGAAGGUGAAGGUGGUGAAGGACAUGCUUCAGAGGACGGGCCAGCAGCCCAACAGCAGAGAGACGCAGCAGCAGCAGGAACACAACGGACUCCUUCCUCAUGGACACACCAACAGCGAGGCCGGCAAGGUCACCCUGCAGCUCCAGGUGUUGAAUGAGGUGGUGGUGGACCGAGGCCCGUCCUCCUACCUGUCUAAUGUGGACUUGUACCUGGAUGGUCGACUCAUCACCUCGGUGCAGGGAGACGGUGUGAUAGUGUCCACGCCUACAGGCAGCACAGCGUAUGCAGCCGCAGCAGGAGCCUCCAUGAUCCACCCCAAUGUCCCCGCCAUCAUGGUCACCCCCAUCUGCCCCCACUCGCUCUCCUUCAGGCCCAUCGUCGUCCCUGCGGGGGUCGAGCUCAUGAUCACCUUGUCUCCUGAUGCGAGGAACACCGCCUGGGUGUCGUUCGACGGCAGGAAGAGACAGGAGAUCCAGCACGGAGACUGCAUCAAGAUCACUACGUCCUGUUACCCCGUACCCUCUAUCUGCUGCCAUGACCUGGUGUACGACUGGUUCGAGAGCCUCGCUCAGUGUUUGCACUGGAACGUACGCAAGAGGCAGGAGCGACUGGCAGACGUCUCCGACUCCUCAGACACAGAAAACUGAAGCAGAGGGUUGAUUUAGUUGUUGUCAUUUGUUAAACUCUGCGCUCUCCAGCACCACACAGGUCUUUUAGGUGAGAGCAAGUGUGUCUAAAUACCAAAUCAGUGUUAAACAGUCCUAUGAAUAGCAUGGUUAAUGUGUGUAUUCAGUAUUUUAUACAUUUGGGAAAGCAUCUCAUGACAUUCCAGUACAAAAACUAUCUGCAAUUGCAUCUGUAGCUUACUGGAAGAAAGCAUGUUACUCACCUAGAAAUGGGAAAGCAAUGCAAUCACUGAAAAUGUUUGAUGAUGAUUGUUCUGGUCUUUUGGACAUGGAGCAUUUCAUAUUGAAUGUAAUGGUUAGUAUCUAAAAUCCAGGCUUUACUGGCAUAAUCUUGGGGGAUUAUGGGUAUAAAACACAGAUAGCUGAGAAAAAUGACUGCAAAUGUUAAUGUGUACAUACAAGAUAAAAGCAUAAAUGUAUUUAAAGUCAUAUUUAUUUGAUAUUUAUACAGAUUGGUGCUUAAAAAGACAGUCAGCCUAAGACUACAAUCAGUUUAUGGCAACUUCUGUUCAUCGUAACAGCAGCUGUCAAGCAAGUUUCAUUUAUAUACUGUAAAUGUUAUGCUCUCUUAUAUUUUUGGCCCAAGUUGAAAUUCUACAAGUUAGAUUGCAUGUUGUAGAAAAAUACUAAAUAUAACGAGGUGAAGAAACUUCCCCAUUAUCAUUAUCUGACACUGUGAAGGGAAAUAAAGUUUGAACUCGAA